UCUUUUUCCUCAAACCCAUUAUUACCUCACUCUCACAGAUCAACUCAAUCUCUCUUUCUCUAGCUCUCUCUUUCGCUCACUAUUGCUCACGAUUAAAGCUCUGUGGUGAUCACCAGAUCACCAACCAACGCUCGUUUACUUCCAUAAUUGUUAUACUAAUCCUGUUUUCAAUCCUGUUUUGCAGGAUUUUUAAGUGAAGAAGAAGAUCUUUGUUAUUAUUAAUUGUUUGAAUUUCAAUUUUUAUUGUUUUUAUUUUUUUGCGAUAUAUAUAUACAUAAUAUUUGUGGUUAUUAUGGAUGCAGGAGGAGGAUCUCUUAGUUCUUCUUCUUCAACGUUGAAGACGCGUUCUCGUUUCCCUCUUCAUAGGAAGAGUUCUCGCGAAAAUCUGGACAGGUUCAUCCCAAAUAGAUCCGCAAUGGAUUUCAAUUAUGCCCACUACAUGCUGACUGAGGGAAGAAAAUGUAAGGAAAGCCCGAUUAGUUUAUCCCCUGCAAGAGAAGCCUACAAGAAGCUUCUGGCAGAAACCUUCAACAUGAACCGGGGUCGGAUCUUAGCUUUCAAGAACAAGCCUCCUGCUCCAGUUGAGAAAUUCCCUUGUGAGUUUGCUUCUGCACCGGUGGAGAGAGCAGAAAAACCCAAGCGUCACAUUCCUCAGUCUUCCGAGCGGACACUGGAUGCUCCUGAACUUGUAGAUAACUUCUACUUGAAUCUCUUGGAUUGGGGGUGUUCAAAUGUUUUAGCAAUAGCUUUAGGAAACACAGUUUUUCUGUGGGACGCUACAGAAGGCUCUACUUCGGAGCUUGUUACAAUGGAUGAAGAAAGUGGCCCUGUUACAAGUGUUAGCUGGGCUCCUGAUGGAAGGCACAUUGCCAUUGGUCUAAACAAUUCUGAAGUACAGUUAUGGGAUUCAGCUUCUAACAAACAGCUGAGAACUCUUAAAGGCGGACACAGAGCUCUCGUUGGUUCACUAGCAUGGAACAAUCACAUUCUAACCACAGGUGGAAUGGAUGGUCGAAUUAUCAACAACGAUGUAAGAAUUCGAUCACACAUCGUUGGAACCUACAAAGGACAUGAACAAGAGGUGUGCGGGCUUAAAUGGUCAGGUUCAGGCCAGCAAUUAGCUAGCGGCGGUAAUGAUAACCUCGUCCACAUUUGGGACAGUUCAACUGCUUCUACAAAUUCAAUCACUAGGUGGCUUCACAGGUUGUCAAACCACACAUCUGCAGUUAAAGCGCUUGCCUGGUGUCCUUUCCAGAGCAAUUUGCUGGCUACCGGUGGAGGUGGCAGUGAUCGUACCAUUAAAUUCUGGAACACACACAACGGUGCUUGCCUCAACACUAUCGACACUGGCUCACAAGUCUGUGCUUUGCUGUGGAACAAGAACGAGCGAGAGCUGCUUAGCUCUCACGGUUUUACACAGAAUCAGCUCACCCUAUGGAAGUACCCUUCAAUGGUUAAGAUGGCAGAACUUACUGGCCAUACCUCUAGAGUUCUUUACAUGGCCCAGAGCCCAGAUGGUUGCACAGUUGCUUCAGCAGCAGGAGACGAAACACUUCGGUUUUGGAAUGUUUUUGGGGUCCCUGAAGCAGCUAAACCUGCUGCAAAAGCCAACCCAGAGCCUUUCUCCGGUCAUUUGACCCACAUUCGAUGAGGAGUUGCUAGGAGCCAACAUCAUCUAUUCUUUUUGACAGUUCAACUUUGUUUACUGCAGUGCAGCAUAAACCAGAAGAAGAGUAACAAUACUAUGUGUAUUUAUACAUAAAAGAACAACAGUUCGUUGUGUUUCAUUUUUCCUCUCUAACAAUACAAUUUAUCAUACAUAUACAUAAAAGAACAACAUGUCGUUGUGUUUCAUUUUUUCUCUCUAACAAUACAAUGUGUACUCUUUUCUAAUUGCAUCAUAUAUGUACAUAAAAGAACAACAGUUCGUUGUGCUUCA